AUGUCAACCAAGGUUGAAGGAGAUAUUAAUGUUAUUACCAGCAACCAGUACAUUCCAAAUAUGUACUCGUCCUUCAUAGGAAUGCCCAAUAUUAUUUGAAUCCCUUACUACCAGCAAUAAAUAAAAUGGUGACGCUGACAGAAAUUCGACUCUAAGGCGCACUCCCUAUGGAGCUGGUAGAGCACAUCCUGAUGAAUCUGGAAACAGGACCUCUAUCCCUUUUAAAGUCAGCCUUUGAGAAAAAGGGAAGUUUUCUUUAUCCCCGAAGGUUUCCUGUCCCUGCCAGAUGGGCUAGACAGGUUUGACCUACCACAUGGUCUUCCCUUGCUGGGAUCAUCAGGGCACUUUACAGGCGAUGACUCUGUCCUAGGGAAUUGAUCCCUUGGACAAGUGAUUCAGCCUAGAAAUUCAAAAUGAAAGCCUUCCAUUUUCCUUAUUUAAACUCCGAGGUCUAUUUUUGAAGACUAUAAGAGGCAAAGGUUAGUGGCUUGCUCGCUUAUGGCCAGUUUAAUCGUUUAAUUUUAUUUAAUUUGCCAUCAGCAGAAAUAAAAUGGUGACGUUGAGGGAAGAUGGACUCCGACACACACUCCAUAUGGAAAAGUAGGGAUUAUUCUAUUAAGCAGAAAAUAGUGUCUCUGUCAUUUUUUGAAAUAGGCCCUCAGGUUUGUAAUGCUUGCCAAACAGGAAGUUUUGUUUCUCCCCAGAAGGUUUCCCUGUCUCUGCCCAAUGUAUAGCGCUUAACUUAACUUACUAUCAGCACCCUGUCACUGGCGAAAUCAAGCCAGUUUUUCCUAUUGAGUCUCUUCCUAGUGACAUAAAGGAUUCAGAAGAGCCACAAAAAUCCAACCGCGGAGCACGAAGUCUGCAGUGGACUGAGGACGAAGACGGCAUUCUUUAUCGCUCAAUGGCCGAGAACGGAAUAAAAUCUUGAGCCCAAAUAGCGAAAAUGAUAAAUAAACAAGUCCAUGCUGGCGAAGAAGUCCGUCAUGGAAAACAUUGUCGAGAAAGGUGGUUUAUGCUGAGCCAGCCUAAUUAAUAAAAUAUUAUUUUUUAUUUUUUUGUGCAUAAAAUUCAAUUAUCAGAGAAUAAUCACUUAAAUCCUGAUAUUAAAAGUAAAAUUUAUGUAGGGGCUGAGUGAACCCAUGAAGAAGAUUUGGAAUUAGUUAAGCUCUAUAUAAAGCACGGUAAUCAUUGGAGCUUAAUAGCUAAAAAUUUGCAAGGAAGAACUGAAAAUUUUGUUAAAAACAGGUUUAAUGGUCUUUGCAGAAGAGCGAAAAAAGCUAAUAAAGGGCUUUUUGAGUUUUUUAAUGUCUCUCCUUGUGAUGGAAAUUUGUAG